CUCCUCUAUAGCUGCCAUAUAAAGCAGGUGUUGCUGCAUUAAGCUCAGCCAGACCUUCACGAGAGGCACAGGGAAACGUACUGCUGCAUAUCUGGUUAAAAGAAACCGCGACCUCCUAGCAUAAACAGCAGCAACAACAAAACAUAAUAUUAUCUCAACAGAUUUACUGAAGAUAUUUGAACAUUACAAGCGACUCAGAACCAGAAUCACACCAGCUUUUGUAAAACAUAUUCCGUUGCAAAAUGUUAACAAGAGGCUGUUUGAUCUUGACCUUCUUUGUCUACCACGCAUUUUCUCUACCCAUAUCCUCCGAUCAUGAGGAUAAAGAGAAAGCAAAGGUGAUGAAGUGCAUUGUGGAGGUUAUUGCAGACACACUGUCCAAGCCCAGUCCUUUACCAGUCAGUCAGGAGUGUUUGGAUGCUCUCAGGGGAGACGACAGAAUAAUUUCAAUAAUUCGCCACCAAAAUCUUCUUAAAGAACUGCAGGAGCUUGCUGCUGAAGGUACUAGCGAAAGAGCCCAGAAACAGAAGAAAAGCAGCAACUUGGCCGAUCACAUUUCUGGCGUCCUUCACAAUGACAAGGAUGCUGAAGCAGAUCAAUCCAUGCUGGCUGUGCUGGGGCUGCCAAAGUCAUCUGUGGACAAGGAGGAGAAGAGAGACGAGUCGCAGGAAGAAGAGAAGAAAGACACACAGCUAGUCAAAGACCUCACUCAAGACAGUGCCGAGUCUCUGCAGGACAAUGAGCUUGAGCAGAGCGAGAAGGAUCAGAAGAGAGAAGAUACUCCUGACAACCACAUCACAGACUCUGUGAGCAAGGAGGUCUCAGUUUCUGAGGAGAAGGACAGCACACAAGAAGAGCCUGAGGACACCAGGGAAGAACCAUCCAAACCCGACAAAGAAAGAGAACGCUCUUCCCAAGAGGAAGAAGAGACAGAGAAUGAGACCAAAGAGGAGCAAAGAUUACAUAAAGACAGUUCUGAGAGUGACUAUUCCAAGAACAUUUCUGAGGAAGACAAAGACGAGAAGAUCUCCAAGAAAGAAGAUUCAGAAGAAGAUAAGAAAUCCUCAGAGGACAAAAUGGAAAGUCUCAAAGCAGGGGAAGAGAGUCUCCAUGGCAACGUGGCCGAACGAGAGGAGAAGAGCAGCAAGGCCGAGGUUGAAGGAGAGUCCAAAUGGCUGAACAAAAUGGAUGAGUUGGCUGAGCAACUGUCCUCAAAGAAACGCUUUAGGGAGGAAGAGAAGGAAGAGAACUCCACUGAAAGAUUGCAGGCCCCCCUUCCCAAUAGCCCACUCCUCGAUGGAGACCUGCGGAGACAUCUGACAGCUGAGAAGCACUAUUCAAAGGAGGCCAGUGUGGAAGAAGAUGGCGCCAGAUCCUUUGAGCCUACAGAGCUCCAGAUGAUGCACCAUCCCGACGUGGAGGAGAAAAGGGAAGAAGAAGGCAGCGCUAACAGGAAACCUGAGGAGGAUAUUGAAAGCCUGGCUGCGAUUGAGACGGAGCUGGAGGACGUGGCCCAGAAACUCCAUGAGAUCCAGAGAGGCUAACCUCCAAGAACAUCUCAUCCAAAAGAACUUUGACUUCCCAUUUAUCUGACACCCCGUCUCCUCCCCCUUAUUUUGAGCUUUGCUAUUUGCCCGCUUAUGAAAUCCUUUUGCACUCUGUAAUAAUAAUAAUAAUACAAAUAAAGAUUACAAUGAUACUACUACCGUUAGUAAUAAUAAUAAAAAAA